AUGAGGAUCCGGAAACGACAAGUGCCUCUUCCUCUCUCGUCUCUAUUGCCUGUUCCUCUCUCAGAUCUCUACUGUAACCGGUCGCCGACGGCCGCCACCGCUGGAUACUUCCUCGGCGAAGUUAGAGACGCCGCCGGAGUUCUUGCUUCUCUUCAGCUUCCGCCACUGUCGCCGAUUUCUGACCGGUUGAUUCCUAGAGAUGCGGUGAGGAAGAAGAAGAAGAAGAAGAAGGAGGAGAAAGCUCUGGAUGUUGGUGAAAAUGGUGAUGGCGAUGUAGACGUCAAGAACAGUUCAGAUGCAUCGGGCAGUCUCAACAAGAACGUAAAUCCUGCAGGAGAAGCCGACUCUUCAACACAAGUUGUGGAGAAGAAAGAAAAGGUUGCUGUCACUAUGAGGAAGAGAAGAAGCUUUGUAAGCUUUGAGGAACAUGGAGAGGAAGAGGAAGAAGAAGAAGCAGGUAGUGGUGGCGGUGGUGGUAAUAAAGGGAAGAAGAAAUCCAAAAAGAGCGGUGCGUUAGAGGAAGGAUCGCGGUGCAGCCGCGUUAACGGUAGAGGAUGGAGAUGUUGUCAGCAAACGCUUGUCGGUUAUUCGCUUUGCGAGCAUCAUCUCGGUAAAGGGAGGGUAAGGAGCACGAACAAGAGUGGUGGUGGUCGCCGACAGAAAAAGGCAGCGGCGGUGGUGGAAGUGAAGAAGAAGAGAGUGAAGCUUGGGAUGGUAAAGGCGCGUUCAAUAAGUAGUUUGCUUGGACAGACCAGCACAAGUAAUGGUGUUGCUGAUGCUGUUGUUGUUGUUGCUACUGAUCAGGGUGAGAUAAGUGCACCUACUGAUCAGUUUGCUGCUUAUGAUAAGGAAGUCUGUUGA